AUGACCCAGUUCAUCUCGGCCGUGCCCCCCACCGCAGACGCCCUCUUCCACAAGGCGCAGCCCGCUCCCCUCACCCACGUCGACCUCCUCGGCACAGACGGCACCGAGGACCGCGCCGUCGCAAAGCAGCGCCUCGUCCACGCCAACGAGCAGCUCGGCCUCGCACUCGCCAACGACGAGAUCGACUACCUCGUCGACGCCUUCAUCGCCGGCAAGGGUGACGCCUCGGCCGCGCUCCGUCGCAACCCCACCGACGUCGAGCUCUUCAUGUUUGCGCAGGUCAACUCCGAGCACUGCCGCCACAAGAUCUUCAACGCAGACUGGACCAUCGACGGCAAAGACAUGCCCAACACACUCUUUGGCAUGAUCCGCAACACCCACAAGCUCCAUCCACAGCACACCAUCAGCGCCUACUCGGACAACGCCGCCGUCAUCGAGGGCUACGAGGCCACCCGCUUCGCCCCCUCCCCCGCCGCCGCCGCCGACGGCCUGAGCGUCUACCAGGGCGUCAAGGAACCCAUGCCCUUCCUUGCCAAGGUCGAGACCCACAACCAUCCCACCGCCGUCUCGCCCUACCCCGGCGCCGCCACCGGCUCGGGCGGCGAGAUCCGCGACGAGGGCGCCGUCGGCCGCGGCUCCAAGCCCAAGGCCGGCCUGGUCGGAUUCAUGACCAGCAACCUUCUCCUCGACGGCGACGGCCGCCAGCCCUGGGAGGAGGACUUUGGCAAGCCCGCGCACAUCUCGAGCGCCUACGACAUUAUGAUCGACGGCCCGCUCGGCAGCUCCGCCUUCAACAACGAGUUUGGCAGGCCGGGCCUCAGCGGCUUCUGGCGCACCUGGUCCGAGCGCGUUCCCACCGACGACGGCAAGCACGAGGUGCGCGGCUACCACAAGCCCAUCAUGCUCGCCGGCGGCCUCGGCAACGUGCGCCCCAAGAACGCGCUCAAGGACAAGAUCACCCCGGACGCCGCGAUCAUCGUGCUCGGCGGGCCCGGUAUGCUCAUCGGCCUCGGCGGUGGUGCGGCCUCGUCCAUGGCGAGCGGCAGCUCGUCGCGCGCCGCGCUCGACUUUGCCUCGGUCCAGCGUGACAAUCCCGAGAUGCAGCGUCGCUGCCAGCAGGUCAUCGACGCCUGCACCGCCCUCAGCGAUGCUCCGGGCGUGAUCGAGGGACAGGUGGGACAGGGUAAUCCCAUCCAGAGCAUCCACGAUGUCGGUGCGGGCGGUCUGAGCAACGCGCUGCCCGAGCUCGUGCACGAUGCUGGGCUCGGCGCGCGCUUCGAGAUCCGCGACGUGCUGGUCGACGACCCGUCGAUGAGCCCCAUGGAGAUCUGGUGCAACGAGUCGCAGGAGCGAUACGUGCUGGCUGUCGCCGCGGCGGACCUGCCGCGCUUCGAGGCGAUCGCCAAGCGCGAGCGCUGCCCCUACUCGGUUGUUGGUCGUGCCACGCUCGAGCAGGAGCUCGUGGUGACCGACCGUCUGCUGGGCGGCACGCCCAUCCAUCUGCCCAUGCCGAUCCUGUUUGGCAAGCCGCCCAAGAUCGCUCGCCAGGCGGCGAGCAAGACGCCGCUGCGCAUCCCGUUCGACUCGUCGCUCACGUCGUACCUGCCCAGCCUCAAGAGCGAGCCGGUCAAGAUGUUCGCCGAGGCGGUCGACCGCGUGCUGCAUCUGCCCACCGUGGCGUCCAAGAACUUCCUCAUCACCAUUGGCGACCGCAGCAUCACGGGGCUCGUGGUGCGCGAUCAGAUGGUCGGCCCGCACCAGGUGGCGGUGGCCGAUGUGGCGGUCACGCGCACCUCGUACGGCUUCAACGAGAGUCUGACGGGCGAGGCGGUGGCGAGCGGCGAGCGUACGCCGCUUGCGCUGAUCAGCGCCGCGGCUGCUGCGCGCAUGGCGGUGGCCGAGUCGCUCACCAACAUCGCCGCCGCGAGCAUCGAGAGUCUGGAGCGCAUCAAGCUCUCGGCCAACUGGAUGUGCGCCGCGGGCCACUCGGACGAGGGCGCACGCCUGUACGAGGCCGUGCAGGCCGUCGGUCUCGACCUGUGCCCCAAGCUCGGCCUGGCCAUCCCCGUCGGCAAGGACUCCAUGUCGAUGAAGAUGGCGUGGCAGAGCGAGCAGGGCGAACAGCACGAGGUGACGGCGCCGCUCUCGUUGACCGUCACGGCGUUCGGGCCCGUGGACGAUAUCGCGUGCACGUGGACGCCGCAGCUGCGCACCGACGUGGCUGAUACAGUGCUGCUGUUCGUCGACCUCGCGGCGGGCAAGCAGCGUCUGGGCGGCUCGUGUCUGGCGCAGGUCUUUAGGCAGCUGGGCCACGAGGCGCCGGAUGUCGAGGCCGCAGGCGUGCUCAAGGCGUUCUUCGAGGCGUGCUAUACGCUCAAGCAGCUGCGUGUGCAGAAGCGCGACGAGGGCAGUUUGGUGCUGGCCUACCACGACCGCUCCGACGGCGGACUGCUCACGACGGUGCUCGAGAUGUGUUUCGCCGGUCGAUGUGGUGCCGAGAUCUUUGCCGACGUUCUGGCGGGCGACAAGGCGGACCCGGUGGCGGCGCUGUUCAACGAAGAGCUGGGUGCGGUGUUGCAGGUGCGUGCCGCGGACGUCAAGGCGGUCAGUGCCGUGUUUACCGCGGCCGGUGUGGCGUCGAACUACCUGCACGUCGUCGGGAGGGUGACCGAGGCGCAGGAGAUCAAGGUCGCCGCGGGCGGGCAGGUGUUGAUGGCUGCUACGCGUGCCGAGCUGCAGAAGAAGUGGGCAGAGACAUCGUUCCGCAUGCAGAGUCUGCGCGACAACCCGCAGACGGCCGCGGAGGAGUUCAGCCUCAUCGAGGACGAGUCGGGUGCGGCGGCGCUGCGGUACGAGCUGACGUACAACCCGCGCGACGAUGUGCUCGGCAGCCAGGUGGUGGGUGCGGAGAUGGAGGCGCGGCCCAAGGUGGCCAUUCUGCGCGAGCAGGGUGUGAAUGGCCAGAUCGAGAUGGCGUGGGCAUUUGCACGCGCGGGCUUCAGUGCGGUCGACGUGCACAUGUCGGACCUCGUCGAGGGCCGUGUGACGCUCGAUGCUUUUGUGGGUCUGGCGGCUUGCGGAGGCUUUUCGUUCGGCGAUGUGUUGGGUGCAGGUAGUGGGUGGGCCAAGUCGAUCCUGCUCAACCCGGCGGUGCGUGCGCAGUUCGAGCGCUUCUUCCAACAGCGUACCGACACUUUUGCACUCGGCGUGUGCAACGGAUGCCAGCUUCUCUCGCAGCUCGCUGCAGCCGGUCUGAUUCCCGAGGCGGAACACUGGCCGCUGUUCAAGGCGAAUGUGUCCGGACGCUUCGAGGGCAGGCUGUCGAACGUCGAGAUUACAUCGACGGGUGGGGCCCAGUCGAUCUUCUUGCGCGAUAUGGCGGGCUCGGUGUUGCCGGCGAUCAUUGCACAUGGAGAGGGCAGGGCUACUUUCCGCGCCGAGGGGGAUCUGGAAGAGUGCAGGCGCAGGAACCAGGUCGCGAUGCAGUACACCGAUCAGAGGUAUCCGGUCAAUCCCAACGGCAGCCCCGAAGGUGUCACCGCCGUCACGGCCAAUGGAGGCAGGGUGCUGGCGCUCAUGCCGCAUCCCGAACGUGGCGUGGCACUGUCGAGCAUGAGCUGGGCGCCCGUGCACGCGCAUGCUCGUGGCGACAAGGGAUGGAACGGCAAAGGUCCCUGGUUCAGGAUGUUUGAAAACGCCCGCAAGUGGGUCGACUCGCACUAA